GUUUCUCAAUUAUAGAAUAGUAUUAACAUCGAUAAGACAUAUUCUUCUUCCUCCUGAGAGCCAAAAUUUCCUUAGAGAUGGGAGAAGUUCAAAUUAUUUCCACUUGUUUAGUUGUAGCAACACCAAAUGAAUCAAUUUCAAUCCCAAAAAAUAUUUCUAAAAUUGAAAUGACACCAUGGGAUUUACAAUUUCUUCUUGUUAACACUAUCCAAAAAGGUCUUCUUUUUCACAAACCAAAAGAUGAAAACAAUAAUAUUCCCAUAUCAUCACUCAUUGAUCACUUGAAAACCUCACUUUCUCACACCUUAUGCUUCUUUCCUCUCUUAACGGGUCGUUUUUCGACCGUCAAAAACACAGAUGAUGAUACAAUUUCUUUCUUCAUCAACUGUAAUAAUAUUGGCGUGGAAUUCAUCCACGCUAACGCUUUAAAAUUAUCUGUAUCUUCAAUUCUUGAUUCUGUACACGUACCAAUUUUUGUUCAUCAUCUUUUUCCACUCAAUAAUACUCGUAAUUUUGAGUGUGUUACUAAACCUUUAUUUGGGGUUCAAAUAACAGAGCUGGUUGAUGGUUUUUUUAUUGGAUGCACUAUGAGUCAUUGCUUAGGUGAUGGCACUUGUUUUUGGCAUUUCUUCAAUUCCUGGUCAGAAAUAUCCCGUGGGUAUGAAGUUAUUUCUAAAAUUCCAGUUUUAAAACGUUAUUUUUCUGAGAAAAUGGAAAUUCCAAUUCAUCUUCCCUUGAAGUUGGAUGAUGAGAAAUUGUCAGAAAAAAUUGAAGUUCCACAAUUAGUAGAAAGGAUUUUUCAUUUUAGUAAAGAAAGUAUAGGUAGGCUCAAGGGUAAAGCAAAUUCAGAAAUAGGUGUUAAUUCGAUUUCUUCUUUUCAAGCUUACUUGGCUCAUCUAUGGCGCUCUGUUACUCGUUGUUGCAAGCUUGAUGAUAAGGAAGAAGUCAGUAUCAAUGUUAUCAUAGGUACAAGAUCAAGGCUAAAUCCUCCACUUCAAGAAGGGUAUUUUGGAAAUGCAGCUUAUUUCAAGACAGUAAAGACAACAGCAGGAGAGCUACUGGAAAAUGGACUAGGAUGGGCAGCAAUGCAAAUAAAUAAGAUGGUUGCUGCUCAGAGCUUUGAAGAAGUGAUGAAAUUCUACAAAGAGUGGGUGGAAAAACCUAUGUUGUUCACCAAUGCUUCAGUAUUAGUGGGUAAUAAAAUAGGAAUAAGUAGUUCUCCAAGGUAUAAUAUUUAUGGUGUUGAUUUUGGUUGGGGAAAACCAGUUGCUGUGAGAAGUGGAAAGGCAAAUAAAAAUGAUGGGAAAAUUACAUUAUUUCCUGGUAUAGAAGAAGGAAGUGUAGAUAUUGAAGUUUGUAUUUUACCAGAGACUAUGCAAGCAUUGGAGAAUGAUCAAGAAUUCAUGGAAGUUGUAACUACUAAGGCUUGAGAUUUCUUUGAUUACUAAUAGUACUUUUAUUUCGAAUGAUGUGACGUUCUUUCUUUUUUAGUCGGUUCAAAAUAAAAGUAAUAACGACGUCUUGUUAUAUUUAUCUAUAAUUUAAUUUUAAAUUAUCUAUUUUACCUUUGAAGGUAGCUUAGUUGGAUUGAGUUUCUUAAGGAUUAUGGAAUCACUAUUAUAAUUAUUACUUUGAGUUUCAACCC